CCCCUUCUCGUUUUUUUUUUUUUUUUUUUUUGUUCCACCAGAGGAUCUCUCUCCUUCUGCUCUCCCUCUUCUCUACACCGCCCACUCCUUCCCAACCAUUGAUCCGACCACUCACCGCCGCCUCGCCGGCUUCUUCGCCUCAUUACAUCGCCCGCUGCGCUUUACUGCAUUUUUUUAAAAGAGGGGGCAGAAGAAACCGCACAUUUCGGACCAAAAGGAGGAAAAGAAGAGGAAAAAAAAUACAUCACCAUGGCGAGCACCGAGGAUAAAGCGGCCAACAAGGAGAACGUGUCCAGCUGGAAGGACUCCAUCUACAACCCGAGGACCGGGGAGCUGCUGGGUCGCACGGCCAGCAGCUGGGCCCUCAUCCUGUUGUUCUACUUGGUUUUCUACUGUUUCUUGGCCGGCAUGUUCGCCCUGACCAUGUGGGUGAUGCUGCUCACUCUGGACGACUAUGUGCCGAGGUACAGAGACCGUGUCCCCCAUCCAGGGUUGGUGAUUCGUCCAAAUUCACUGGAUAUCACAUUCAACAAAUCUGACCCACUGAAGUAUGCACAGUACGUCCAACACCUGGAGUCCUUCCUGCAAAAAUAUAAUGACACAGAGCAGGAGAAGAACGAGGACUGCCCUCAGGGAGAGUACUUCCUGCAGGACGACACUGAGGAAAUGACAAAGAAAGCUUGUCGCUUCAAGAGAGGUUCCCUGAGUUUCUGCUCCGGCCUCUCCGACACCAACUUUGGAUAUUCUGAGGGAAAACCCUGCGUGCUGCUGAAAAUGAACAGGAUCAUCGGCCUGAAGCCCCGCGGGGAUCCCUACAUCAACUGCACAGUAAAAAGAGAGAGCCCAAUUCAGAUGCAAUAUUUCCCCAGUGAGGGACGUAUUGAUAAGAUGUAUUUCCCCUACUACGGCAAGAAGGCUCAUGAGAAUUACGUGCAGCCCCUGGUGGCCGUGAAGCUGCUGCUCACCAAGGAGGACUACAAUAAGGAGCUGCCGGUGGAGUGCAGGGUAGAGGGCUCCGACCUCCGCAACAACGAUGACAGAGACAAGUUCCUGGGCCGCGUCACCUUCAGGAUCAAGGUGGUCGAGUAAAAAAAAAAAAAUAGAGAGAGAGAGAGAGCGAGAGAGAGAGAGAGGGAGGGAGGGAGGGAGAGAAGACGGCCGGUAAAAAAAGGAAAACCCGGUGCAGAAGCUGCCCACGUUUGCUAAGGAUUUCUGUUUAAAGAUUUAAAAAAAAUAAAUAAGGAAGGAAGUGUCAAAUACGUCACAAAGACUGCAUUUUGGGAUGUGGCCAAAAUGUUUGAUGCAGAUUAGUUUUGAAGAGCCAGUUACAGAUAUCGAAUGUUGCUUUGAUGACAUUUCUGACCCUUCUUUCCCUGAAUGAUUCCUUGCUGACCUCCUCAAAGAUCCCCAGAACAAGACACCAUCCAUCCACCCAUCCUUUCAUCCCUUCACCUGUUGCACUCAUUUUCCACUCUGCUUAUUUUUAUUUUCAUUUUUUUAAUUUUAGUAUUGAUGUGAUUAGGUAACUUAUAGCCAUUGCAACCAAGCCAUUUGGAGCUAUUGUGUAAUUGCUGAUACAAACAUUUUUUAAAAUGUUUUUUAGAUCUUCCUGUCAGGAAGAGAGUUGCUGUUUUUCAUCUCUCUGAAGUGUAUGAACGACUGUAUUAUCGCUGAUGUUGAGAGGAUUUUUAUCUUGCUGUAUAGUAUAAUUGAGAAAGUAGAACAUUUCCAACACAUCUCCAGAGUAUUCACAUUAUCACAUCACAAAGACUUCAUAGGAACAUACGUUGAUAAUCAAGUAUAGCCACUGUAUCCCUGUAUAUGAAAUGCCAAUUACAAAGUCCCUUUCUACAUAUAAAUACAUUGUGAUCCUUACCAUAUUUAGGGAAUUAUAGAUAGAUCUUUGUGUUGUGGUCCACGUAGCCACAACCCAGUCUUGUGCUGUCUGUCUGUCUGUCUGCAUGUCCGUCUGUCUGUCUGCCCGUCUUCCUGUUUACUCACCUCUCCACUGCAAUAGCCAACAUGUGGGUGAGCCCCUCCAGGACUAGAUAAGUUGUCUCACUUACACCUCGCCGGAGUGCUGCGUAAUUGAUGGUGGCUGAGGCGACACACACACACACACACACACACACACACACACACACACACAUACAUACAUACAUACAUAGACACACAUAGAGAAGGUACAGUGUAAAAAUUACUUUUAAGACAGAGAGUACUGGAAAAGCAUUGCAAAAAUAAAAAGUUCACUGUAACUAUGUACUGUAUAUCUAAACGUGAUCUGUAUAUCUAUCUGGGUCUCAAAGAUUGUUUGUUAGUUUUCUCUCUUCUUCAGCCUGUUGAUCUGAUUGUCUGCCAAUCUAUUACUCUUCAAUGUAUAUAUACACUAUCUACCAUAUUUACUUAAUUCACACUGUAUUUUUGUCACAAAACACAAUGUCUGUGCACUGUAAAGAAAUAAUUUAAGCAAAGAUUUACAGGAAAUUAUCUUAUUCAAAGCUAUGUUUACACAGUCUUAAAAGGAACCCGCAUUUGAAAGAACAACUUGUAACAUCUCUUCAGGGUGCCUUAAGACCUGAUGAAAUAAAUUGUGGAAUAAAAGUGAUUUUGAAGAAAA